AAAAAAAAAAGAAAACAAGCUUGGGAAAGUGUUUCCGGUCUGUCCCGGAAGUUGUUAGCCAACAGCAACAGUUAGCAGUGUGAUUCAUGCUGUGAUUUUUACAGGACGGUAAAAAGCAGAAUGUCAGAGCAGACGAUCACUGUGACAGUUGCCUACGGAUCUACUAAACACAGCAUCACAGUAACUGGCCAGGAUGAUGGCAAGGGUCCCACUGUCAAAGACCUUUCAGAUGCUCUCACUCAAGCCACCGGAGUCCCACAAACCUCACAGAAAAUCAUCUUCAAAGGAAAAUCACUGAAGGACAUGGAGGAGAGUCUGUCCAGCUAUGGAUUAAAAGAAGGCUGCAAACUCAUGAUGAUCGGAAAGCGGAACAGUCCAGAGGAAGAAGCGGAGCUGAAGAAGCUGAAAGACAUUGAGAAAUCUGUGGAACAGACGGCAAAAAAGCUGGAGAAAGUAGACGGGGAGUUGACUGGGCUCAAGAAUGGCUUCCUGGCCAAAGACCUCCAGGCGGAGGCCUUGGGUAAACUAGACCACAGAGUAAAAAUAGCAGCGGAACAGUUCAUGAAGAUCCUGGAGCAGAUUGAUGCUCUGAGUCUCCCAGAUAAUUUCAGUGACUGCAGAAUGAAGAAAAAGGGGCUUGUGAAGACAGUGCAGGAUUUCUUGGCCCAGUGUGACAAGAUCGAGGCUUGUAUAUCGGAUCAUCUAUCGAAGAUCCAGUCGAAAAAUCUCGCCCUGGCGGAGUAGAGCGAGACAGUCUCCCAUAUCAUGUGCUAUACAUUGCUCUGUGAGCAACUGCAAAGUGUACAGAAAACUUGAAGUGUGGAGCAGCUCCUUGUCUAUUUAUUGUUAACGUGAUAUGUGCAAGAACCCUGCGAACGGAAGGAAAGUGGAUAUCUGCGCUGAUCCUGGGUGCAGCUGGGAUACAUUUACCCGGGUUAAAGACAGAUAUGAAGUGCUCCCUCGAGAUAAUGUAACCCACAGUGACAUUGUGAAAGGAUCAGAGGUGCUUUGAAUCAUUGCAAAUUGUGUAGAUCCCCCCUUAGACCGUCAAAAGGUAGUGCUGAAUGUCUAUCAGAUUAUUAAUAAUGAUGUCAAAGAACAGUUCUGUACAAAACUAACAUGUUGGUACAUCACAACGAGAAAAAAUACAUAACCAAAAGUAUGUGGACAAACAUUAACGUGCAUAAGUCUGCUGUCGAGUCUUGCUCGGGCUGGAGGAAGUCCAAUGCUGUCCAUAUACUUUUGGUCAUUGUGUAUAUUUCUUAAUCUGUAUCAAGAGUCAAAGCCAGCACCUGUCUUUAAAUUCAGUGACUGAUCCCAUUUAAUGAGGCAUCUUUGGAAUUGCUAUUGCUUUAAAUUAGUGCUGCAACCAUUAGUCGACUCAUCGGUCAAAGAAAAUGAAUAGCAAAAAUAAUCAUUUAAGUCAUUUUUCAAGCCAAGAAUGUCAAAUAUUUGCUGGACCUUUGGUUGUAUAAAAGAAGCAAUUUGAAAACAGCACUUUUGGAAUUUUGGUCUAGUAUUUCUGUUUUUUACCUUUGUUAAAAUCAUCUGCAUAUUAAUUGACAAUGAAGAUAAUAGCUGGUUGCAGCCCUACUUUAAACCAUCAUUAAGACUGACGCAUCUUAUCAAUUUUACCUUGUUUUAAAAUAAAACCAUUUUUGAAAAAUGAAGCGCGUUGGUGGUUCGUCUCACAACACAUUUUAAUCUCCAAACUUCUUGAUUCCUACAAAAUACAAAUGAUCAGUAAAACCAAGCCAGUCACGAUAACAGACUCCUCAUUUCAGUUUAUUUCCAGUUAAAUCCAUGAAGGUCUUUACUAGCUUAUACAGACCCUACAGUGGUGUUUUCACAGAUGUGCAAAUGAGCUUUGAGAGUAGGGUUGAGGAGUUGGAGGGAGGGUCCAACAAGCAGCUUGAAAAAAAAAAAAAAAAAA